AUGGAGAACAAGGUUAACUUUAUCAAGAGUUGGGUCAAAUACGCCAUGUUCCGUAACGUGGAGAAUAUUUCCCUCGAAGUCCAUGAUCAUGGUUAUAGAAUUCCUGCCUCCUUCUUCAUGAAUUCAUCUGUCAAGGAACUCAACGUUGAGCUAGCCUCUUCUAAUAUGGUCCAUGGAUGCUCGUUAACGUUGUACUGCUGCAAGGGACUUGGGUUCCUUGAUCUCAGCAAAAUGUUUCACUUGAGAACAUUAGAAAUAAACAGCCACGUUGAGAGUUCGAUGAAUAUUGUGGCACCACAUAUCCAUUGUCUCAGAUUGAUAAACUCUCAGUUACCAUGUACUUUAGUUGAUGCCUCUUCUUUAACGGAAGCGAAACUGGACAUUUGUAUUAGAUCAAGAGAUAGGAUCUUCAAGGGUGAUUUUCUUCAAGCAAUGGUUCUAGGGAUGCUGGAAAAAUUACAACAUGUGGAGAAGCUAACUUUUGGUGGAAACUUUCUUCAGGAGGUUUUCUUGACAAAAUUCUUGAUCUCGCAAGGCUUGAAUCCAGAGAAAUGUUGGAGAUCAAAAGAUGGGGUCAUUUUGAACAGAUCUCGUCAGAUUGUAGCGUCAAAGCAUGUGAUCUCAUUCAUAGAAAUUAUGCUUAAAAAUACAGAGAAAUUAGACAAGAUGGUCAUACAGUUGGACGAACGUUACCUUAGCUGUAAGUUUAAAGACCUAAUGAUUCCAUUGCUUCCUCCCAACAACAAUGUCUCAAUUGCGCUCUCAAGCAAGCCGAUGAUAUUAGAUGAGUAA